AUGCCGAAGGGAGGGCCUUGCACCAACACGGAGGAAGCAGGAGCUCCGUCAUGCCCGGGAUACCAGCAACCCGCCUGUAGGACCAGCCCCCUGGGAGCCCGAGUGCCAUGGGGCUCCCUAAGGAAGCGCUUUUCCCUCUCUAAACCUCGGUUUCCCUCGGGAGCAGAGAGAACUCCAGGAACGGCCAAGCGGAAGGAGCCGCUGGUGGAGACGGAGCACAAGGUGCCCCCAGCAUUACAUCAGCUCCAGCACCACGUGGGGCGCAAGGCUGCAGACCACACUGGAACAGGCUGUGCAUUCAGCUCCAGAAUUCCUGCUCCGCUCCUGCCCCUCCUCGGCUGCAGACUCUUGGCUGUGGAGCUGACAUCCAGCAACACCAAGCCCGUGGUGCAGGAAUUCCAGAGUGUUGAGCUGUCCUGCAUCAUUAAAUCCACCGUAACACUAUCUCCCAGAAUUGAGUGGAAGAAAAUCCGAGAUGGUGAAACCUCUUACGUAUUCUUCGAUAAUAAAAUGCAGGGAGACUUUGCAACUCGUGCAGAAAUUCUGAGCCGGACGUCGCUGGUGAUUAAAAACACCACCCGGAUGGACACUGCCACGUACCGCUGCGAAGUGGCAGCACCUUCUGAUACUAAAACCAUAGAUGAGAUAAAUAUCCAACUCACAGUCCAAGUGAAACCCGUGACUCCUCGCUGCAUAGUGCCUAAGGCUAUACCUGUUGGUAAAACAGCCGCUCUUCACUGCCACGAGAACGAAGGUUACCCAAAGUCCACGUACAGCUGGUACCGCAACAGUGAGCCCUUGUCACCCGACACGAGGUCGAAUGCCAAAUUACAGAACUCCUCCUACACCAUUAACCCCACCACUGGCACUCUGGUCUUCCAUGCUGUGCACAAAGGCGACACGGGCCGCUACUCCUGCAUCGCAACCAAUGAUGCGGGUUUUGCCAAGUGUGAGGAGCAGGAGAUGGAAGUCUAUGACCUCAAUAUUGGUGGGAUAAUUGGUGGAGUCCUGGUGGUCCUUGCAGUUUUGGUGCUCAUCACUUUUGGUAUCUGCUGUGCCUACAGAAGGGGCUACUUUGCAAACAGUAAAGAGACUGCAGAAAGCUACAAGGCUCCAGCAAAACCUGAUGGCGUUAACUAUAUCCGAACAGAUGAUGAGGGUGACUUCAGACACAAAUCUUCGUUUGUCAUAUAAGAUGC